AUGCCUAUAAACUUCGCCUCUCACAGAGAAUCAUAUCAGAGCACCGCAACUAUGUCCUCUGAUAUAAUGCAAGAUAUUACGAGGCCCCGUCCUGCUAUGGCAUCCGCAUAUUCAUCGUCGCCAUUGAGUGAUAAUGGAGGUCACCAGGAAGGGGAGAGGCGUUUGGUGGAAAUUUGGGGAAAAGAUACAGUGAAGGUGCGGAAGGCGGUUAAUGACAGUACCCUUUCGGGGAAGGCGGCCAGUCGGGACAUUGCAGUGGUGGCAGCGAGUGAGUUCAACAGUUUGAGGGAAGGAUCCACGAUGACUGAGAAAGAACGAGAGCUCGCAAGACGCAGGCAGGCCCGAGAGGAGUAUGGCGAGAGAAUGCGCAAGUCGAAAGAGCGGAAGGAUAAGAUGGUCAAGAUGGAAGAGGAGAGGAAGAGGAAUGCGUUGAGGAGCACCAAUGAGGUCAAUGACAAAGCUGAACGGAAUUCAGUGUUGCAGCGGGCUAGGGAUAAGCUGGAUGAGGACAUGGACGAUGUGAAGCAUAUGAACCGAAUGAUGCUUUACUCGAAAGUGGCGACUAUAAGGGAUGCACAAGUCCAAGAGAAAAGAUAUAUACAUGCAGAGAGGGAGGAGGAAGAGCAACAGCUCGAUGUAAUGUCCGAGAUAGAGAGGCUCAAGGCUCUGAAGAUGUAUGAAGAACGCAACAGAAAGCGAGCAGUGGAUCAACGUCGUGGAGCUUCUGUGAUUAUCGAGCAAAUUAAAGAUCGUCAACAGAAUCGACUGAGGGAGAUGGCUCAUCAGGAGGAACAGCGGGACCGAGAGAGAGGCUUUAUAUUAAGACAGAUAGAGGCGUUGAAGGAAGAGGAGAUUGCACAGCAAAUAGAGAAGAGAGUAGCUGCAGCGAGGUUGGUUGAAGAGGUCAAUGCGGCUAAUGCUGCAGCUCUGAAAAUUAAAGAGGAACGCUUGAUUGCGGAGAAGCUGGAGGAACAGAAGAUAGUUGAGUAUCAAAGGAUGAAGGAACAGAAGGCUAAAGCAAGAGAGGAGCGCUUAGCUGAAGAGGCUGAGAGGGUGAGGGCCGAAGAAGAGAGGCAACAAAGGCAUAACCAUUGCGAGGAGUUGAAGAAACAAAUACAGGCUCGGGAGGAAGCCAGUAUGCAAGCCCGUCGUGAUUUCUUGGAGGAAGGGAAUGUCGUAAGAGCGCAGAUCGCAGCGGAGAGGAAAAAGUUGGUGACAAUUAAACAGAAGAAGAUCGAAAAGCUGAAGGCUGCUGGAGUGCCUGAAAAGUAG